UCUUUCUCCACCCUCCAUUAUUUCUUUCUUUCGUUCUUUUUCAAUUAUCUCACAAUUCUAAUUCGCAUUCGCAUUCUCAUUCUAAUCAUUUUUCACUCCACCGCCACCACUGAACACCGAUGGCGCCUCGUCUCUGGUCCUGCUUCCGCCACAAGCACGCCGCCGGAUGCCGUAACGUCGACGGUGGCUUCGAGGAGGAGGAGGAGGAGGCGUUGGCGGCUGUUGAGGAUGGACCAAUGCUGGUGGAGAUGUUCACGUCGCAGGGAUGCGCGACGUCGCCGGCGGCGGACCUGGUGCUGUCGCGGUUGGGGAGGGGCGACUUCCAGCUGCCGGUGCCGGUGGUGCUGCUCGCCUUCCACGUGGACUACUGGGACUACGUGGGCUGGAAGGACCCCUUUGGGUCGAGCCAAUGGACCGUUAGGCAGAAGGCCUAUGUUGAGGUCCUUGGGCUUGACACUUUGUACACCCCACAAAUUGUGGUCCAGGGUCAGGCCCAACUCACUGGAAAUGACGAUACCGCCCUCGUCUCUGCCAUCACCUCUGCGCCUAGGUUCCCUGCUCCUACCUUUCAGGCAACUUUCAGUAGGCCUACAUCAGCUUUUUUGGAAGUGAGUCUAAAUGGAGCAUUGAUGACGAAUGUGGACAAUUAUGGAGCAGAUGUGAUGGUAGCAUUAUACGAAACUGGUUUGGUUACGGACUGUCCUAGAGGGGAAAACAAAGGGCGUGUUCUAUCCAAUGACUAUGUUGUUAGAAAACUUGAAAAGCUCUGCACUGUUACAGACCACCCUGCUAGGAAGAAAGUAUCAGGAAUGGUUUGUUUUUCCUUGUGGAAUACAUUCAACAGCACCAGGUGUGGCCUCGCAGUCUUUGUUCAAAGCAAAUCACACCAAAUUUUUGGUUCACAGAGUAUUCAUCUGCCUGAUGAUAUAUGAAACUCGGUAAUACUAGUUAUGUAAUUUUCUGUUUACUGUCUUGUUCCAGUUCCUUUGUUAGGCUUAUAUAUUUUGUACAUGAUGUGUUCUAUUUUAGGAUAACAUUUGUAAAAAAGAUUGAAAUUAAUUGUGUCUGAAAUAUAGCAUACAGUUUGUUCCACAUGCUACAACACAACUUCUGCAAUAAAAGUUCCCAAAGACGUUUUCAAAUCCACAAAGAUGCCAUCGACUGCAUGUAUUUACAUGUUGUAGUGGCUACAGGGUUGUUGUUUUCUGUAAUACAUACCCUUGCAGGUU